CAAACUAAACUAGUUGACCCCAUUGAUGCAUCAAGCUCUCCCCAAAAAAGGGGAAGAAAGAUUGCACUUUUAGGACUGCGACACUACAUCGUAAAAACUCAACUUCAAUCUAGUGAAAUUUUUUGAUAUUAGCAAAAAAGAUGAGAUUUUUCUCACAUUUCAACAAGUUUCUGCGAAGCCAUCCUUCUUCAGCCAAGCUUUUGGUUCUCUCUUCAAUCAGUGGCGGAGGCCUCGUUGCGUAUGCAGAUCUUCCUUCGGAUAAGGAGAAACCGAGUCUCGCCCUUGAGCAAGAGGAGACUCGAAAGAAGCGAGUCUUGGUGCUUGGGACGGGAUGGGCGGGUAUUAGCUUCCUGAAGGACCUUGACAUCUCGUCCUACGACGUUCAGGUGGUUUCGCCGAGAAACUACUUUGCGUUCACCCCUUUGUUGCCUAGCGUCACGUGUGGGACAGUGGAGGCACGGAGCAUUGUAGAGCCGGUUCGCAACAUUGUGAAGAAGAGGAACGGAGAGGUCAAGUUCUGGGAAGCAGAAUGUCUCAAAGUCGAUGCUGUGAACAAAAAGGUUAUCUGUCGAUCCUAUGUUAAUGAGAAUCUCCCGGGGAAGAACGAGUUCUCGUUGGAGUAUGAUUAUUUGGUCGUAGCCGUUGGAGCGCAAGUGAACACGUUUAACACUCCCGGAGUCGAGGAGAAUUGCUACUUUCUGAAGGAAGUCGAAGAUGCACAAAGCAUCCGCAGGGCUGUGAUAGAUUGUUUCGAGAAAGCUGUCCUUCCGGAGCUGACUGAGGAGGAGCGGAGGAUCAACCUCCAUUUCGUGAUAGUAGGAGGCGGUCCGACUGGUGUGGAGUUUGCUGCUGAGCUUCACGACUUUGUCCAUGAGGAUCUGGUGAAAAUAUACCCCUCGGUAAAAGAUUUAGUCGCGAUAUCCCUCAUACAAUCUGGCGACCAUAUCCUCAACACGUAUGACGAGAGGAUCAGCUCGUUCGCUGAGCAGAAGUUCCAACGAGAUGGCAUCGAGGUUUUGACAGGGCACCGCGUGCUAAGUGUCUCGGACAGACUGAUUGACGUCAAGGCAAAAUCCACGGGGCAGAAUGUUUCGAUACCUCACGGGAUGGUCGUGUGGUCUACUGGAGUCGGGACAAGGCCACUCGUGAAGGACUUUAUGGAGCAAAUCGGCCAGGGGAACCGCAAGGUUCUUGCUACGGAUGAAUGGCUUCGAGUGAAGGGAUGUGACGACGUGUAUGGCCUUGGCGACUGCACCACCGUAGAUCAGAAAAAAAUCAUGGAGGAUAUCUCGGCGAUAUUUAAAGCUGCGGACAAAGACAACUCGGGCACCCUAACUAUCGAAGAAUUCAAGGAUGUGAUCGAAGAUGUCACCAUCCGGUACCCCCAAGUCGAACUAUAUCUGCAGAACAAUCAUCUAUCCGACAUAACAGACCUGCUAAAAGGCGCGGAAGAAGUGGAUAUCGAAGAGUUCAAGCUGGCGCUAGCGAACGUGGAUAAGCAAACGAAGAGCCUUCCCGCUACUGCUCAAGUUGCUGCUCAACAAGGUGCCUACCUUGCUAGGUGCUUCAACACGCGAGAGAAAUGCAAAGCUGAACCCGAGGGUCCACGAAAGUUCAGAAGUGGCGGUCGCCAUGAAUUUCGUCCUUUCAGGUAUCGCCAUCUAGGGCAGUUUGCACCUCUCGGGGGCGAGCAGGCAGCAGCGGAGCUGCCUGGCGACUGGGUUUCAGUCGGCCACAGCACGCAAUGGCUUUGGUACUCGAUAUAUGCAAGUAAACAAGUUAGCUGGCGCACGAGGUACCUUGUAGUCGGGGACUGGACUAGGAGGUUCGUGUUUGGGAGAGACUCGAGUCGUAUAUGAAAUGGAGUUUCAUCUUUGAGACGUAUACACAAGAUGCUUCCUAAUUUGGUUAUGGAGGAUGUGAUUCUUUGAUACAUAGAACUAUGCUUCUCUUUGUAGUUUUCAUGCUUGUGUAAAAAGAUUUGAUUGAUAUUAUGAAACUAUGUUUAAUUUGUUUGUAA